UGGUGUGAGGCAGGCAGUAUUGAUGAGAUCGCAGAGGAGCGUGUGGUACAGUCACACUGUCAGACUGUUAAUUGUGAUAUGUCAUUUGUAUUUUAGUAAAUCAAGCUUCCCUGAAGAUCAGUGUCUAAAACCACCACCCUGGUCAGCCUCACAUACCAGGCAGUGGUAUCACACACCUUUAAUCCAAGUAGCCAGACUGGUUUGGCAUAGAAACCAGGUGGUAGUGGGCCACGCCUUUAAUCCCAGCCCUAGAGAGGAAUAUAAAACAGGAGAAGACAGCUCUCAGCCAGUCUCAUUUUGAGGAUUCCCGGGGGAAGGAUCGCCAUACUCCUACUGGCAGAGAGAGGAUCUCGGGGCUGAGCGUGGCUGUGCCGGCUUGUGGAGCCAGAAGCAGCCUCCGGGAUGGACGUGUUUCUCAUGAUCCGGCGCCACAAGACCACCAUCUUCACAGACGCCAAGGAGUCGAGUACCGUAUUCGAGCUGAAGCGCAUCGUUGAGAGCAUCCUUAAGCGGCCGCCAGAUGAGCAGCAGCUGUACAAAGACAACCAGCUCCUUGAUGAUGGGAAAACUCUGGGCGAGUGUGGCUUCACUAGCGAGACAGCACGGCCACAGGCCCCAGCCACAGUGGGCCUGUCCUUCCGAGAGGAUGAUGGCUUCGAAGCCCUCCGCAUUGAGCCCUUCUCCAGCCCUUCAGAGCGUCCAAAUAUGAUGAUGGCACAGGAUUCUGGAGGCAGUGACAAUGAAGAAGCUAUGCAGUGAGGGCCCCAACCCAACCGCCCCCCUACCCUGCAGACCCAUUCUCUUAUUGAAGAUUGCUGUUAAACAAAAAACAGGAUCUCACUAUGUGUACUUGUUCUUGGAAUUCACAAUGUAGAUCAGGCUGUUCUCAAACGCAAGUGGAUCUCUUCCACCUGCUUUUGUUUCUUGAGUGCUGGAUUAAAGAUCCAUGCCACUGGGCUGGAGAGAUGGCUCAGCGGUU